AUGGAUGAUUAUCACGUAAAUACUGCCUUCUCAAUGGGCAGAGGUAACCAGCAGGAUGAUGGCAAUAGUGAAAGCAACAGCAUGCAUACACAACCAAGCACUAUGGCGCCCGCUACGCUGAGAAUGAUGGGAAAAAGUCCACAGCAGCAGCAGCAGCAGAACACACCGCUAAUGCCCCCGGCGGAUAUCAAAUACGCCAAUAAUGGUAACUCACAUCAAGCAGAGCAAAAGGAGAGACAAGUAGAACUUGAAGGUAAAUCGAGAGAGAAUGCACCAAAGCCAAAUACUACCAGCCAGAGUCGAGUUUCGUCUUCUCAGGGCAUGCCUAAGCAGUUUCAUCGAAAAUCGUUAGGAGAUUGGGAGUUUGUUGAAACAGUUGGUGCAGGUUCUAUGGGUAAAGUGAAGCUGGCAAAACAUCGUUACACUAAUGAGGUUUGUGCAGUAAAAAUUGUAAACCGUGCUACAAAGGCUUUCCUACAUAAAGAACAAAUGCUGCCACCACCCAAAAAUGAACAAGAUGUUUUGGAGAGACAGAAGAAAUUAGAGAAGGAAAUAUCUAGGGACAAAAGAACUAUUCGAGAAGCGUCCUUGGGACAAAUCUUAUAUCAUCCACACAUAUGUAGACUUUUUGAGAUGUGCACGUUGUCAAAUCAUUUCUAUAUGUUGUUUGAAUAUGUUUCAGGUGGUCAGCUGUUAGACUAUAUCAUCCAACAUGGGUCAAUACGAGAACACCAAGCGAGAAAGUUUGCUAGGGGUAUCGCGAGCGCCUUAAUAUAUUUGCAUGCUAACAACAUCGUCCAUAGAGAUUUGAAGAUAGAAAAUAUAAUGAUUUCAGAUUCCAGUGAAAUCAAGAUAAUUGAUUUUGGACUUUCAAAUAUUUAUGAUUCUAGGAAGCAGCUUCAUACAUUCUGUGGCUCUCUGUAUUUUGCCGCUCCCGAGCUGUUAAAAGCGAAUCCUUAUACAGGACCUGAAGUAGAUGUCUGGUCAUUUGGUGUAGUUUUAUUUGUUUUGGUAUGCGGUAAAGUGCCAUUUGACGACGAAAAUUCGAGCGUUUUACAUGAAAAGAUCAAGCAAGGUAAGGUUGAAUAUCCCCAACAUUUAUCUAUCGAAGUAAUAUCACUGUUAUCCAAAAUGUUGGUAGUAGAUCCGAAAAGAAGAGCCACACUUAAACAGGUUGUGGAGCACCACUGGAUGGUAAGAGGGUUCAAUGGUCCCCCUCCUUCUUACUUACCGAAAAGAGUUCCCCUAACUAUCGAAAUGCUUGAUAUAAAUGUCUUAAAAGAAAUGUACCGUUUAGAAUUUAUUGACGAUGUAGAGGAAACAAGAAGUGUUUUGGUCAGUAUAAUCACAGAUCCUACUUACGUUCUUCUCUCUAGACAAUACUGGACUUUAGCGGCCAAAAUGAACGCAGAAUCCAGUGAUAACGGAAACGCGCCAAACAUAACAGAGAGUUUUGAAGACCCAACUCGGGCAUAUCAUCCAAUGAUUUCCAUAUAUUACUUGACUUCUGAGAUGCUUGAUAGGAAACAUGCGAAAAUUCGGAAUCAACAACAGCGACAGAGCCACGAAAAUAUAGAAAAGCUUUCUGAAAUACCGGAAAGUGUGAAGCAAAGGGACGUAGAGGUCAAUACAACCGCUAUGAAAUCAGAGCCAGAAGCCACGUUGGCGACAAAAGAUACCUCUGUGCCAUUCACUCCAAAGAAUAGCGAUGGCACAGAGCCCCCCUUACAUGUCUUAAUUCCACCGAGGUUAGCAAUGCCAGAACAAGCGCAUACGUCACCAACGAGUAGAAAAAGUUCUGAUAAUCAACGCCGUGAAAUGGAAUAUGCUCUCUCUCCAACUCCUCAGGGAAAUGACUAUCAACAAUUUAGGGUACCUUCAACUACUGGCGAUCCCUCAGAAAAGGCGAAGUUUGGGAAUAUAUUUAGAAAAUUAUCACAGCGCCGUAAAAAGACCAUUGAACAGACAUCUGUUAAUAGUAAUAAUAGUAUCAAUAAACCUGUGCAAAAGACGCAUUCUCGCGCUGUUUCAGACUUUGUCCCUGGUUUUGCUAAACCGAGUUAUGAUUCAAAUUAUACCAUGAAUGAGCCUGUCAAGACAAACGAUAGCAGAGGUGGCAAUAAAGGUGACUUUCCAGCAUUGCCUGCGGAUGCAGAAAAUAUGGUAGAGAAGCAAAGGGAGAAGCAAAUUGAAGAAGAUAUAAUGAAAUUGCAUGAUAUUAAUAAACAGAAUAAUGAAGUUGCAAAAGGAAGCGGGCGGGAAGCUUACGCUGCACAGAAGUUUGAAGGAAGCGACGACGACGAGAAUCAUCCCUUACCACCUCUCAAUGUUGCAAAAGGUCGAAAACUACAUCCAAGCGCAAGAGCUAAAUCAGUUGGUCAUGCUCGUCGUGAAUCACUCAAAUAUAUGAGACCCCCAAUGCCUUCAUCUGCCUAUCCUCAGCAAGAGCUUAUAGAUACUGGGUUCUUAGAAUCAAGUGACGAUAACAAAUCCGAUAGUUUGGGAAAUGUUACUUCACAGACGAAUGAUAGCGUCAGCGUGCAUUCUGUGAACGCACACAUAAACUCGCCAUCUGUGGAGAAGGAAUUAACAGAUGAAGAGAUAUUGCAGGAAGCUUCUAGAGCUCCAGCCGGUUCUAUGCCAUCCAUCGAUUUCCCCCGUUCUUUAUUUUUGAAGGGUUUCUUUUCUGUUCAGACAACUUCAUCGAAGCCUUUGCCAAUUGUUAGAUACAAGAUUAUGUUUGUUCUGAGGAAAAUGAAUAUAGAGUUCAAGGAGGUUAAGGGUGGUUUUGUUUGUAUGCAAAGGUUCUCUUCCAAUAAUGUGGCAGCGAAGAGAGAAGGGACUCCAAGAUCGAUCAUGCCACUUUCGCACCACGAAUCCAUUAGACGUCAAGGCUCUAAUAAAUACUCACCUUCUUCUCCUUUGACAACUAAUUCCAUUCACCAGAGAAAAACAUCUAUUACCGAAACCUAUGGAGAUGAUAAGCAUUCGGGAACAUCUUUGGAGAACAUCCACCAACAAGGUGACGGUAGCGAAGGCAUGACUACAACAGAAAAAGAGCCCAUCAAAUUCGAAAUUCAUAUCGUCAAGGUUCGUAUUGUUGGUUUAGCCGGUGUGCAUUUUAAGAAAAUUUCUGGGAACACUUGGUUGUAUAAAGAGCUGGCUUCUAGUAUAUUAAAAGAACUAAAGUUGUAA